AUGCUCAUGGAGGAGGACAUCGACGACAAGUUCUUCUACCAGUACCCCGACCAGCCCGCCAUCCUCGACGCCCAGCGCCCAUAUGAGCAGAUCAUAUCCGACACCACGACCACCUCCUCCGGCUCGCCGAACGGCACCACCUCCUCCGACGGCAACGCCGCCACGUCCUCCUCCGAGGAGACCAACAACUCGAGCUGGCCUUACGACCCGCUCGAGCUCUCCCAGCUCCUCCGCUCCCCACCCUGCCUCGACGACAUGCUGUUCGGCGGCCUCGUCCCCGACUCCCCCGCCGACGAGGAUGCCAGGGUCUCGUUCCUUGCUGACGCCCCGGCUGCCGGGUUCCAGCAGAGUCCGGCGCAAUUCAAGGGCGCGGCCGACUGGGCCGGCGCGUUCUCCGGCCAGAACGGCGGCAGCCCGGGCACCCAGAGUUCGGCAGUCUUGAAUGGCCCGGCGGAGGAGAAGGAGGCCGAGACUAAGCCGGCGAUGUUUUCCGCUGGCGACGGCGGCCAGGACGGGCUGCUCUCGGCCUUCUUCAGCAACGGCGGCGACAUGGACAUGCUCAACUCGGCCUUCCUCAAGGGCAUGGAGGAGGCCAACAAGUUCUUGCCGACCAACAACGCCCUCCUCGAGGCCAUCCCCGACAAGGAGCGCGGCUUCACCGUCAAGAAGAAGGAGGUGGUGGCGAACAGGACGCCUACGUCCGGCAAUGGCCGGGGCCGCAAGUACAGGCACGACGAGGACGACGACCUGGAGGCGGAGACCGCCAGGAGCAGCAAGCUGAUGACGCCGGACAACGAGGAGACCGGCGCGCGCGAGAUGUUCGACGAAAUAAUGCUAGAGGAGUACGAGAAGUGCAUACAGGGGAUAGAGGAGCUGCGCCUCGUCAUGGACAGCGAGGCCAAGAAGAAGAGCGGGAAGGCGGCGCGCGCGAAGAAGAGCGAGGCGGUCGACCUGCGCACCAUGCUCGUCCACUGCGCGCAGGCCGUGGCCGCGGGCGACAGCCGGGGCGCGACGGAGCUGCUGAGGCAGAUCAAGCAGCACUCCGGGCCGACGGGAGACGCCACGCAGAGGCUGGCGCACUGUUUCGCGGAGGGGCUGGAGGCGCGGCUGGCGGGCACGGGGAGCCAGGUCUACCAGUCGCUGGUGGCCAAGCGCACCUCGGUGGUGGAGUUCCUCAAGGCGUACAAGCUGUUCAUGGCGGCCUGCUGCUUCAAGAAGGCCAACUUCGGCAGCUGCGCCCGCGAGCUGGGCGUGCCGUUCAAGUUCCACGGCGUGGCGGCCAAGUUGGACACCGUGCGCGGCGAGGACCUGCGCAUCGACCCGGACGAGGUGCUCAUCGUGCACUGCCAGUGCGGCCUGAGCAACCUGAUGGACGACAGCGUGGCGGUGACCACGGACGGCGGCCCGAGCCCGAGGGACGUGGUGCUGCGGAACAUCCGGGACAUGAGGCCCGACGUGUUCGUGGAGGGCGUGGCCAACGGCGGCUACGGCGCGCCCUUCUUCGUGACGCGGUUCAGGGAGGCCAUGUUCUUCUACUCGGCGCACUUCGACAUGCUGGACGCGACCCUCCCGCGGGACAACGACGAGCGGCUGCUGAUCGAGCGGGACAUCAUCGGGCGGGGCGCGCUGAACGUGAUCGCCUGCGAGGGCGCGGACCGGGUGCUGGCUGGAGGGGUCAAGAAGUGGAGCGGCGUUAUAUCUACCGCAUCAACAACAACGCGUCUCGACGGCGUGGCACAACGAGAUCUCGGCGAUGGACGCGCGCAUGAUGGUUGUGAUGUCUUGCGGCGUGGCACAACGAGAUCUCGUCUGAAGGAUGGCAUGUCAUCUUAG